AUGAGUUUCCUGCCCGCGGUGGUCGGCCCCACCACGAGGGAGAACAACAGCACGCGGAAAGUCAUCUCCAAGAUGGUCGUCCCCAGCACCUUUACGAAGAGCGGAACGAGCGCGAUCGCCACGAUCGUCAGCGCCUCCAUGAAGAGGGUCACCAGCGCGGGCGCCAUCUCCACGACGGAAGUCGUCGUCUCCACAAACAUCAGCGGCUGCAUGAGCGUCAGCGCCUCCACAAACGUCAGCGGCUCCCUCGCAGGCGUCGUCUCCACGAACGUCAGCGGCCCCAGCACUAAAGUCAGCAGCCCCAUCACGGACGUCAGCGGCUCCACGAAUGGCAGCAGCAGGAACGCGUCCACGGCCGUCAGCAGCUGCACGAACGUCAGGGUCGGCGUCGCCCAGCCACCCCGCGACGAAGUGCAUCAGCAUCUCAACGAAGAUCUGCACCCUCGCAUCAAGGAUGAACGGCUCCGCCAUGGAAACCGCCCCCAGCACCACGAGGAAGAGGAACGGGAGCAACGAAGGCAGAAAUAA